AAAAUCUCCAAUUCUCGAAUACUGAAUCGUGCUGAGAUACGGAAUAAUGGCGGUUGCAUCGGCGGUAUCGGCUUCGUCUCCUGCGUCGCUUUACGUUGGGGACCUGCAUCCUGAUGUCAACGAUGGCCACCUCAUCGACGCCUUCUCCGAAUUCCAGUCCCUCGCUUCUGUGCGUGUUUGCCGGGAUUCCACCACCGGAAAGUCCCUCUGUUAUGGAUAUGUCAACUUCAUCUCUACUCAAGACGCACAAAGAGCUAUUGAGGUGAAGAAUCAUACCUUGCUGAAUGGAAAAUUGAUAAGGGUCAUGUGGUCACUUCGAGAUCCUGAUGCAAGAAAAAGUGGAAUAGGGAAUGUCUUUGUUAAGAACUUGAAUGAGUCAAUUGAUAGUGCAAAACUGCACGAGUUGUUCCAGAAAUUUGGUAAUGUUGUGUCCUGUAAAGUUGCCACAUCUGAGGAUGGGAAGAGUAAGGGGCAUGGUUUUGUCCAAUUUGAGACUGAAGAGUCUGCAAAUGCUGCUAUGGAAGAGCUUAAUGGCUCCACUGUUGUUGACAAACAGAUUUAUGUCGGGAAGUUUGUUAAAAAGAGUGAUAGGAUUUUGCCAAGCCCAGAUGCCAAAUAUACAAAUCUGUACAUGAAGAAUUUGGAUCCAGAUAUCACAGAAGAGAAACUGCAAGAGAGCUUUUCUGAGUUUGGGAAAAUUGCUAGCCUGGUUAUAGUGAAGGAUGAUAAUGGGACCUCUCGAGGUUAUGGCUUUGUUAACUUUGAUAGCCCAGAUGAUGCCAGGUGUGCAAUGGAAGCAAUGAAUGGAUCACAGCUUGGCUCAAAGGUUCUGUAUGUAGCAAGAGCACAGAAAAAAGCAGAGCGUGAGCAAAUUUUGCGUCUUCAGUUUGAAGAGAAGCGAAGGGAGAAAAUUUUGAAAUACAAGGGCUCAAAUGUCUAUGUGAAGAACAUUGAUGAUGAUGUCACUGAUGAAGAAUUUAGAGAGCACUUCAGUCAGAGUGGUACAAUUACUUCUGCAAAACUUAUGCGAGAUGACAAAGGAAUAAGUAAAGGGUUUGGAUUUGUUUGUUUCUCCACCUCUGAGGAGGCUGCCAAAGCUGUGCACAUGUUUCAUGGAUACAUGUUUCAUCGCAAGCCACUAUAUGUGGCUAUUGCUCAGAGGAAGGAGGACAGACAAGCACAAUUGCAACUUCAGUAUGCACAGCGCAUGGCAGGACUAGCAGGAUCCUCUACUCCUAUUAUCCCUGGAGGAUAUCCUCCUCUUUACUACACAACUCCCUCUGGUGUUGUUUCACAGGUACCUCCACGACCAGGUCUUAUGUACCAACCAUUAGCACUGAGGCCAGGAUGGAGGGCUAAUGGCUUUGCACCUCCAACUGCACCUGCUUUUCAACCAUCACCACUUCCUGCUGUUCUUAAUGGUCCAAGGCAACAUAGGCAGAACAGAGGCAGGGUGAAUGGAAACGUCCUUCCACAAGGUGGACCUCACCCUGUUUCAUAUGCACCGCAUUUGCAACAGCCAGCUCACUUGAUGACUUCUUCAAAAGAGUUGAGCAAUCAACAGCGGGCUGUGCAGGUUAAAUAUGUAUCAAAUGGUCGAGCACGUGAGAUGAAUAAGAGCUCUGGUGUCUUGCCUGCUGCUUCCAAUUCUGUUGGAUCUGUACCACAAGGAUCAGAUAUGCUCAGUAGCAUGCUUGCUGCUGCUUCUCCUGAGCAGCAAAAGCAGAUACUUGGAGAGCGUCUCUAUCCCCUUGUUGAGAAAGAGCAGCCUGAUCUUGUUGCAAAGAUCACCGGGAUGCUUUUGGAGAUGGACAACUCCGAACUGCUUCUUUUGAUAGAGUCACCUGAAGCUUUGGCAGCCAAAGUGGAGGAAGCUAUGGAUGUGCUCAAGCUAUCAAAGACGAAAGUAUCAUCAGGCCAGGAUGCUCUUCAUCCCAGUUACCUGUCUGCUGAGGUUGCAGUAAACUGAAGAUGGCAAUUCAAACUGUUCUGAAUGACACAGGUUAUCAUGCAGCACGAAGCACUGGAGGAGGAACAUUUUUGAUAUAUCACUGAACAUUUUGAUAUAUCAUUGAACCUUCGUUUUCUGUGUCCCUUGCAGUACUUUUUAAGUAGUUUUCUUUGGAGUUUAGGGUAUUUCAAUCGUUUAAGACUUAUCUGGUCUUAGCUGAUAAAGUAAAAAAAAAAAAAAAGAAGAUGAAAAAGGAAAAAAAAGACUUAUCUGGUAUUAUGGUUUUGGAGAUAUCUGACAAUUAGGUAUCUGCACAUUGAAAAGGUUAU